CCUAGCAACAGUUGAUUUCAAAAUGCAUCGAGCGUACCAACCUAUUACGCCUGCUAAUAAUAAACUAUUAAAGAAAAGAUGGGACCAAAAUCGCUUCGAUAUUCACAGGAAAAAAGUAAUUCAAGCGCGGCCAGUAAUAGAUAACAUGCCGCCCGAAACAUACAUGCAUUUGCACUUAAAAUUAAAGAAGUUACAGAUGGAAGAAGAACGUCUUGCGACUGUAGAAAGAGAUAACAGAAUUCUUAUGGAGAAAAUGAGUUACAUUAUGCGAACCAAAGGCCGAGUUGACAACUGGAAUAGCUACGAACAGAAAAGUUUAAACAAGACAAAACGUCAAAGAGAACUUUUACGCGUUACACACGAAAACCAAGCGAUUUUGAAGCGUAUUUCAUCCAAGGAACCACAUUAUAACCACUUCGUUUGGGAAGAUGGUUGGAGGGUUAACCAAGGAUACAUGGCAAAUAUUUCAAAGUAUCCACAAGAUUGGGGUUAUACCAAGAACUCACUGCGUUACUCGUCCCAGCCGCACCCCCACCACCCAACUAAUAAAAUUCAACGUCGAUCCAGCCGGGCAAAAGCAAAGAACGAAGAACUCUAAAGACAAAUUGACCAUUUUUCGCUUGUUAAAAUGCACUUUUUGAAAUAAAUCUCGUUUUUAUGGAAGCAAAAA